UAGGGAACGGUUUCUUUGGUGCACCUGGUAGAGCAAGAGUGGUGCGCAUGCGUGAAGUGACUUUUUUUAGCAGGGAAGAUGGUGGCGACCAGGAGAGGCACGAGGGUAGAGCCUCAGGAGGAGAUGGAGGGCGGCGGAGAGGAGCAGACUGCAGUGGAAUCUGUUACAAUGUCUUCUCCAAAGCGGACACAAAGAACAGUUAGGAGUGACUCUUUGGCACAGGACAGUGGUAGGAAUAGUCAAGAUCAGAGUGAUGAAUCUACAGUAACAGGCAGCCCGCCCAAGAAUGAUUCUAGAAGGGUUCCGUCUCAGGUGAUCACUCGGGGUAGGCAUAGGAGUGGUCAAUCGGAUGCAGAUGUCUCAGAGGCAGAAUCUACUACAUCCAAUUCUUCCACAAGAGUUACACGUAGUAGACAAAGUCUUGGAAGCAUAACAGACUCCGCUAGGAAACUGAGGAACCACAGAUCUGCUAUUAUUACUGAGCCUAUCUUGGAGUCUAAAGAAGAUGAGGAGCUAUCGGAAGCUGAAUCAAACUGCUCCUCUGUUUCUACAAGGGCUAGCAGGAGGAUGCAAGCAAAUGCUUCACACUCAACUAGAGCAAGAAGUAGGAAGUCUGCUUUUCUUUCUGAACCAGUCUCUGAUCAUUCUGAGGCUGAAUCAAACUGCUCUUCUGUUUCAUUGUUGCAAAAUACUGCCAUCAGGUCUACAAGAACAUCUGAAGCAAUCCGUCUACUCUCUAUUAAUAGUGAACUUCAGAAAGAAGAACUAUCCGAAGCAGAGUCUUGCAGUUCUCAAACGCAGGCCAGACGUUCUAGUAGGAGAAUUCAGAGUAAACCACAGGCUGGUGAUUCUAAGAGUGUCUGUGAAACUAGCAGUCAAGAACAAGAUUCGCCAAAAAAACAAAGGUAUAGUUUACGUGGAGUAAAAGUUGUAGAGACUUUGUCCUCUGUGCAAGAGCAAAACAUCUUGUCCACUCCUCAAAGGAGUUUGAGAAAUCGCAUUGUAAAUGAAUGCGAUGAUAUCGUAUUACUUUCGGACACUGACUCUCGGAGUAAGGGGUUCUCAAGCAAGGAUGCAUGUGUGGACCAACCAAAAGCUGAAGAAUCUUUGAAAGAUAGAAAGUCUAACAUGUCUAUAGAAGAAAGUUCAGUUUUGAAUCAAAAAUUACCUGAAACCUCUCAGUCAACAAUAACUUAUGAAGUGAUUGACCUUACAGAAGAGAUUGAUGAGCCACAACUCCAAGAUCAAGACAAAGCUGGGGAUGAUGGUGACAGUGAGGCAGCUGAUAUUGCAAACAAAGAUUUUUCAGAUCUAAACACGGAGACCCAAAGUGGACCAUCCAAUGUCACUAAGGGUGUGGAAAUAUCUUUGAUGCUUGAUAGUGAUGAAAGUGAAGAAUCAGAACACAGCGAGGAAGAAUCUGAUGUAGAAAUGCAGACUGAAGAGAUCCAGGAGGAACUGGAAGAGGACCAUGAAGACCUUGUGAAGACAAAAAAGCCUAAAAAUACUUUAACUGAGCAAUCACAAGAUGCUGUAGAUGAUGGACUUUUUAUUAUUGAUACGGCUCCGGGGCUGGAUUCAAGUAAAAAAUAUUAUGUAGAUGGAAAAGGAUCUGAGCGAGAACAAAGUGAAAAUGAGUCUGAGGAAGAACUGCCUGAGCCUGAUGAGGAGGAGGAAGAUUUUAUGGAUGAAGAGGUGGAUGACGGUGUUGAUGAAGAAGAGGAGUUAUUAAACCGACCGAAAAGUGGCUUGGAUUUGUCAACAAGUAUUCAGACAGGACUGAAUAUUAAGAAGCUGGGUGGCUUAUAUAUCAACUUUGAUGCAGAAAAGCCAAAUCCUGGUCCAAGCUUGCAAGAAAAAAUGAAAAAAGAAAAUAAAAAGAAAGAUGAGCUCUUAAAGAAAAGUGUAAUAACUCCUGACUUUGAGCAGAAAGAAUCUGUCCCACCUUAUAGCGAGUCUUUGAAAAAGUUGAAAAAACUGAGAAAAGUGGAACGUGAUAAAACAACUGGACAGGGCUGGUUUGACAUGAAGGCUCCAGAAAUGACAGAAGAAUUGAAGAAUGAUCUAAAGGCUUUGAAAAUGAGAUCAGCCAUGGACCCCAAACGCUUCUACAAAAAGGAUGACCGAGAGGGCUUCCCCAAAUAUUUCCAGGUUGCAACUGUGGUGGACAAUCCCUUAGACUAUUUCCAUUCUCGAAUGCCUAAGAGCCAACGAAAGAGAACAAUUGUGGAGGAGCUUCUUGUGGAUUCUGAGUUCAGAAGAUACAAUAAAAAGAAGUACCAGGAGAUCAUGGCAGAAAAGGCUGCCCGUGCCGAAGGCAAGAAGAACCGUAAAAAGAAGAAAUUCCGGACAUAAUAUCAAAUAUUGUUCCAUUUUUGUAUGUGGUCUUAAAUACCAGUAAAAAGAAAGUUAUGAUUCACCAAAUUGCUGAGAGAGACCCCAAACCUAAGUUUCAUUAGGUUUUUUACAUAAGUGCCUGUGAAAGACCUAUUUUUAUAAGGUUGCUGAGGCAAUCCACAGCAAACGUAUGGGUAAAAUCAGAAAUCUUGGAUUAAAAUGAUGUGCAAUAAAAGCCCUGUGAUGGGGUUGUAACUAAAACAGGCUAGCUUCUUUUGAAUAUAUGCAUAAAUGCAAUCUAACAAACAGCAUGGAUCAUUAGAAGUACGUUUUUCAGAGACUGCCGAUUGAAAGCAAAUUGUCAUCAAACACUUUCAGUACAAAAAAAAAAAAAAUCCCAGAACAGUUGGCUGACAAAUAUAGAUAUUAUGGUAUUGUAGUCCAACUCGCAUACUGCAAAUAAAUUUUCUUUUGGAGACCUGCA